AUGAGUGACAGGAGGCGAUCUGCCGCUGCUCUGAGCUCAAGAGCGCACGCCUUUUCGGUGGAAGCCCUGAUUGGGUCAAACAAGAAGAGAAAGCUCCGCGGCUGGGAGGAAAAGGAGCUGGAGUUGUCUAUGGAGAGCCUCGCCACCAACGGACAAUUAGGAGACGGCGACGACCCUUGUCUAGAUAUCGACCCUGGUCAGUGCGUAACCACCAUUACUUCAUAUUUUGGGGUUGUUGAAUAUUGUUAUGCUUACAUCACAAAACUACGGAUUAUAUCUCAUGGAAUAGAGGAAUACAGAAAAUGCAACUAUUUCAUCACCAUCUAUAGUCCCGUGUAGCUCAGUUGGUAGAGCAUGGCGCUUGCAACGCCAGGGUUGUGGGUUCGAUUCCCACGGGGGACCAGUAUGAAAAAAAAGAUGUAUGCAUUCACUAACUGUAAGUCCCUCUGGAUAAGAGCGUUUGCUAAAUGACUAUAAUGUAAUAUCAAAGAUAACGAGUCCUUUGACUUUUUCCUCAGAUAACUAAUGUGGAAUAAUAUAGUAGCCUACUUCUGUAGGCUAAUAGUGUACAUAAAUAAUAUAUGUUUGUAGUUUAACAUAACUAUAUACCGUUGGCCUAAUAGUGGUGUAUUAACAUUGUGUAAAUUAUCAAAGAAGUUAACCCCAAAAUAUUGAUUUUGUACAAUAACCAUUGCUUUAACAAAUUAAUUGGCCUGUCAGUAGACCAUGAAGCACGCAGAAAAAUGUAGUAGCCUCUCGCGGAAGGUCACGGUUCAUUUUCUUAUUGCACAACUAUAUUCAUUCAUAUCAUAAAUGGUUACCUUAAAAGUUGUAUUACCAUUGUUUUACAAAUUACUACAUAUUGGUAAAAAAUACAGGUCGCAUGUGAGGCCAGUGUCCCCUCUCCACUAGGCCUAGCUGCGUAAAAUCUAUUUCACUUGUGCCUCCCCACUGGGCAAAGACGUAAAUUCAACGUCUAUUACACGUUGGUUCAAUGUCAUUUCAUUGAAAUGACGUGGAAACAACGUUGAUUCAACCAGUGUGUGCCCAGUGGGUCUCUAUUGAUACAAUACAAUUGGCCAUAUCGGUGACCCCAGUGGAGACAUGGUCAAUUGUAAUUAAUAUUUACAUAUUAAGAUGGUCUUCAAUUGAGAGAGAUAUUUGGCAGAGAUGAGGUAGGCCUACAUUGGCAGCAAAGUUGCACGAUUUAGUGUAGUUUCUGGGAUUCAAUGCAAAUCAUUCAUUUUUGCAGCGUGCCACAUACAAGAUAUCAUAGAAAUAGGCCAUCAAAGGCCAAAUCUGGGUUUCUUAUAUAUAUAUAUCAAAAUUGUGAGUCCAAGUAUAAUAUAAAACAAUGCGUGUGUGCGUGUGUGAAGAGAGUGUGUGUGUUGUUUGCACUUGGUUAGCCUGUGUGCCCUGUAUUUUCUAUUCUAAUUUCGUGCAGCAUAUGUAGACCUAGUCUAACGCCAUCAUUUUUCCUAUUUGGGAAACAAUAGGCCAAUAAAACGUACGUUUAAACUAUUUGUAUUAUAAAGUUUUAUUGGUUUAUUUUUCCAAUAAUAUAAACUAUUUCGCUAUAUGAAGUUAAGGACACGCAACCCCCGUCUGUGUUUGGCCUAUAGGCCUACUCAAAAUGUGUUCAGUGGAUUACUUUAAGUCGAAGGAAAACACCAACACAGCUUUCAGUCAAUUAUUGAGUCUUAAUAUGAUUUUGUUAUGUUUAAAAUAAAAUAAAAUGCAGUGUAUUCGCUAUAGGAAAAACGUCGAUUGGGUAGAGACUCGGGCCUCAAUCUCCAAGUGGCACUCACCUAUAUGAGCAAUGGUGCGUCUAAAGAAUAGCUUUUAUAAAGAAUAAAGCAGAAUUGGGACAUCAAUGUAUAUUUCAUUCAAAUUGAUAAUAUGAAUUGUGUAUGCCACAAUCCCAAAAUCGAAAUGCUCAGGCUAAUUUGAAUGGCCUGCUAUGAUUCACGCAGGCUUUCUAUUAUUGUCAAAACAUUUCAUAUCCAUAAAUCGGAAAUAUCCAACUAUUUUUACAUCUUUCUAUCGCUUUUAAUUUGUUGGACAUGUUGUAACAAGCCAAAGAAAGUAGCCUAGACUAUCAGGAUUUUCAAUAAGUCGAAGUUAUUGCAUUCCUAGCAAGUCACAUUAUAUUCAAGAUAGGAUAGGCCUAUCUCUCAUUUUAUAUGCUAGAAUUUUCUAAUUUAUUUACAAAGACGGCAAAAUAUGUAUGCAAACCUAAAACUAACGCUUCUGGGAUUUAUAUGUCACAAAUGUCUCGUCUUUUCUACGUUUUGAGGGAUUUGGAGCAGGUUUGAAUUGAAGAACAUUGCAUUGAACUUAUCGAAGAGAGACUGAUGUCAAAAGCAGACAUCAAUGACUCAAUCUUGAGGCUUCGAGCUUGAAUAACCUUACUUUAUUAACUAAAUCACGAUGGAGAUAUUCCACACCCUGGCCUAUUCCAACCAUCUCAGGCCUCAAAUAUGAAUUCUAGGCCUAAUAUGAAUGGAUAUAUCUCCUCUCAGGUCCUUAUAGACUACAUUGAAUUUCAACAGACACGUAAGCCAACAAUCCCCAUUACAAUUGGAUUCACAAUAGGCCUUGUAGCCUAUAGACCAUACGCGAAGUCCCUCCUGCUUUUUAUCAAAUAUAUAGGCCUGAAUUAAUGAUCUAAAAGGGUCUAAAACUAGCCCUGCUAUUUGGCAUUAUAGGCUAUGUGCCUAAAUAUAUAUAUAUCUUAUUUGGUUAAUUUAGCGUCACGUGCAUGGCUUUAUGAUCUACAUAUUUAUUUAUAAUUUUACAAUUCAUUGUAGAGGCCGGGUCAAGCUGCAUGGUUGAGAAGCCUUCAGCAAAAUGACGGACCCUCGAGCACAGAGGCUGCUGUCUGAAACGCGCCAGCCGCCAAGUGUUGUGCAUUUGGUGGAUGCCUCACAAAUGAGGAGAACCGAACUAAAUUAGUUCACAGCUGAGAUGCAGGGUAUCAGUACUACCAUUGACAAUUUGACAGCGAGUCAAUCAGUCAAGCACAGGUUAUAUACCCUCCACGGUUUCACAUGAGCUGUUUCAGUUAGGGUCGUCGUUAAUUGAAAAGUCACGUUGUCUCCACGGGCUCCAAGUCGUUAUGAGCCAGAUUCCUGGCAGCAUUGCGAGCAGUGUGGGAGAGUAUCCAGCCUUGACUAGCCUCCAGUUGACGCGUAGACCAGCCAUCAUUGAAAACAGCUCGUCCCUGUGGUCAGUUUGUGCGGUUUAGUCUUUUUACUUAAUGAUUUUGCCUCCAUGUGAAGCUUUCAAACCGACAUGGCCAUAUAACAUUCUUAUUGAAAGACAAGUAUUGGGAGAAUAGAUCAAAAUUGUGAGAACACCACACAAUAGCUUAAACUGAAUUAAUCACAAUGUGUUUCCCAGAGAACCAACAUGUAUGACAAACAUUACCUUAGUUUCAGAUAAGCACAUGUAGGCCUAUCUGCAGAAUUUCCCCUCCAAAGCAAGGACUAUUAUCAAUAUUAAAUUGCCUGCCUGAAAUGUAAAUAUCAGCACUGUCAGGUGUGUGUUUGUGUGCGUGCGAGAGAGAACAUAAAAACCUGGAAUAAUAAGACAGAGUACUUUUCAUUGUGGAUUUACAAAUAAAUAUAUAUAACAUAUUGCAGAUUGCCUUUAAUCUCACUCUUAAUGAUAGCCUAUUACUAAAUGGCUUGUAUAGCAUGUCUGUCUCACACAGGGAAUCUGUCAUUAUAUUAUGGAUAAUCAUUUAGACUUUUAUUUUUAUUUUUAUAGUCUAUGGGGUGACACUGGAUUUUAAGAGACAGGCAUAGGCUACUGUCACUGAACUGCUGAAUCUUUAUUUUAAAACAUAUAUUUGUGAUUUUGUGAUUAUUCUGUCCAUACUUCAUUUAGCUCUGUGGUUAAAUAUUUUAACCUAUUCUAUAUAAUAAUAUAUUAUAUAAUGUAUGAUAUAUAAAUUGUCACUUGGUACUAAUUAUCUCUGAACCAUUAGAGACCCAACUUUAAAAAUUCUGCCUCUGAGAAGAAAAGCCCAAAUGUAAGAAAACAGAUGUGUGCACUAUUAAAACGGUUAAAUCUUCAUUUUAUUGCCUCUCCCUAACAUGGGUCUGAAUUAAAUGCAUGUAGAAACAGGUGGUUCUGCUUGUGGAUUGGGUUACUCUUCGAUUUCAUGGUUGGUAGAUUGCUACUUACCCAGCCUGUUACAACUGUAUUAAAUGCAUCUUCUAUUCAUAAACCUGUUUCCAUAGGAAGGGCUUUACCUUGUAAGGCAAGUGUGUAAUGAUCACCAAUGAACAGAUCAGUCAUACUAUGUGAAUAGUCCAUUGUUCCAAUUCAAUAGUCACACACGUUUGUUAGUUUAAAAAAAGUAUGAUUUUAUUCUUAACAUGGUUUUUCAAACUAGAUCAUUACAUAGUGAAUGAGUUUGUGUGUCAGAAUAAGAAGCUAAAAUCCAUAAUAUUCUUUGCACCUUUUAAAGUGUUAUAAUUCACAUUCAAACUAUCUGGAUUUCUUGUUGUGACAAAAGCUGAUUUCUCUGUGCCUAACCACAAGUUAGUUUAAAGGGUUUUUGAAAAAGUGAGUGCUCUUCUCCAUAGUUUAGUAGAGAUUGGUGCAGUCUUUAUUGGACAACUGUCUUUGAUUGUAGUUGGUCAGCAUUAAUCAUGCACUUGAGGUUAGCACCAGAUUUUUGACUCUGCUUCCACCUUUCUCUCUAUUAGCUGCAGUGAGGUGCUACUUCCUUAAAUAUAUGUAUUUGUCCCUCCCUUCCUCUCACUCCAUCUCUCUCAUUGUCUCCACAUUUCUCUUUCGAUAUGUCUCUUUUUACCCAGCAAUAUCCUGUGUAAUGUGGAACAGAUGUGUGUUGUUUCUCACACUUGUGUUGCUCUUCUCUACUGACUGGUUAUAGUGGGUGAGACAGAGUAGGCUGUCAGUGAGGAGGGGGACAAUGGGAUAGCUGUGGUGGAAAGGGACUGGUCUGGUAACAUAUGAGGGACAGCGUGGUGACUCAGUGAGUGCUGGAGGAUCCACGCGGCGCAGCUUGAUGACAGCAAAGGCCUGAGACGACAGCAGCAGCCAGGCAGUCAUGAUUGCAAAUAUCUGGUUUGGCCUCUCCCACUGUGUGGCUGACGGCUGUGGGGCUGUAUGGGCCAAAUCAACAGUCACUCUGUCUGCCAUGUUCUCCGGCUCACACAGGGUGUGAGAGAGAGGAUCAUCACCGCCAAUACGCUGAAAGGAUCUCUCAAGAGGAUGACAAAAAGUCUCUCCUCUAAAUAUCCCACUCCCCUUUUCUGCACCCCUCUCUCUCUCUCUCUCUCUCUCUCUCUCUCUCUCUCUCUCUCUCUCUCUCUCUCUCUCUCUCUCUCUCUCUCUCUCUAUCUCUCUCUCUCUCUCGCAUCCCUGUCUCUGUGGUGUAGCUGUCCUGCCUGCCGUGCCUUCAUGUCUCCACUCCAUGCUCUUGUCUCUUGUUUUGGGGCUGGUGAUCACUUGGUGGUUAGUCCUGGGCCACACUCCAGUCUUUAGCAGUCCUGCAUCUGCAUAACCCUGCUUACUUGGUGUGUCCUGCCAAAGCAACCUACUCAUGUCAGGGACCUCAAUAAAUAAUAUAAUAUUACAUAUUGGCACAUACUAACAGAGGAGACAAGUACAUUAAUAAGAAAUAUAAUUCAUAACUUUACAGUAGGCUGUAUAGAACUCAAAACGUUUCAAUUUAUGAGCUCAUAAAUGGUGAAUUGUAUUUUUCACUAAAUAGUGUUCUCCAUAUCGAACAUUAAAUGCUGCAGCCUAUAGUAAUGUAAGCCUACACUCUUAGAAAAAAAUAAGUGCUAUCUAUAACCUAAAAGGGUUCUUCGGAUGGCCUCGUUGAAGAACCCUUUUGGUUCCAGGUAGAAACCUUUUGGGUUCCAUGUAGUACCCUUUCCACUGAGGAUUCCACAUGAAACCCAAAACGGUUAUACCUGGAACCAAAAAAGGGUCUCCUAUGGGGACAGCCAAAGAGCCCGUUUGGAACCCUUUUGGAUUCCAAGGCUUUAUUUGGAAACUAAGAUCUGGAACAGCUAAUCUGGGAAAUUUCGUCUGUUCAUGUUGUUUAUGUAGGCUACACUUCUUUUGCCAUUUUCGUUGUUCUUAUUGUGUUGCCUCUAUUAGAGAUUUCAUGGUAAAAAAUAUAAUAACUUUGUUAUAACUUUGUUGUGGGUCCUUUUCAUAUGUCGUAGUAAUAUCUGACAUCAGACUAUAGACAAAGUAAUAUAAAUUAAAGUUUGUAGUUCCUGUGUAUGUUUAUUUGAAUAAUACGUCUUACAUUCAUAUGGGCAAGAGGCUGUUAGGCAUACUUUAUAUUUUUAUGCUCUCAUUAACUGUGGCGUGGCAUUCAGUUGGGUUAAUUUUUUAGCUUUUUAAUUUUGUUUGUGGGCAUGUUUUUUUUCAUGUUAAAAUACCCAUUUCGUUUGACGCACGCGUUACCCUUGUGGAUACUUUAUGACAUUUCGAACGCAAAUUGAAUAGUUUUAGUCAGAUUUCAAUUUUCUUCAGUUUUGGUGCUUUGUCUGAUUUCAUGCUGCAGGUGAUUUGGCCUCAACGGGCAAUACCAGAGACCGUAAAAAAGAGGUCAAUACUCAAGGCCAAUUUUCCUAAGGCCCCCGCUUUACCUUGGCUACAUUUUCAUAAUCUUGUUAAUCUCCAUAGAUUCGGAGGCAAGCCCCGGAUCAGACGGCGAGGGUUUGGCGGAGAGGACGUCGUGCUCCUUCGGCUCCCCCGCGGAGCUGGCCCCGGCGGCCUGCGAGCCGUCUCCAGCUGCCUCAAUGGAGGAGAUUCAGGUGGAGCUGCAGUGCGCAGACCUCUGGAAGCGCUUCCAUGAAAUUGGCACAGAGAUGAUCAUCACUAAAGCAGGGAGGUAAAGCAGCUACUGCAUAUUUAUGAUUUAAAGGACUCAUCUGAUAUUAUAUUUCCUUCUAGGAAUAGGCUGCGCUGCACAUAUAUUCUGUGUGGGCCUACUAUAGGAUAGACUAGGCAUAUGGCCUAGCCUACUAUAGGUUUUUACGACUAGGUGCAUUGCCUCCGAUGACGCAAAAUUGUUUAUGAAGUUCUGUGCAAACCCAGAAAUUAAUUAUAAUUGCUACAUUUUCCAAGUUAUUAAAAACAUAUUUCUUCCUCACAGCGUGUGGACUAUAGCAUCAGGAGACCAGUGUGCAUAGUCUAUAUGUCCACACACACACACACACACACACACACACACACACACACACACACACACACACACACACACACACACACACACACACACAGUCUUGUACACACACACGCACACCGAGCCUAGAUUUGCACAAAAGACGCCCGUGCGCUAUGGGAAUUACCCCUGUAGCACGCUAUGUUUUUGAGGGGUGCUAAUGUGUUGCACAUGGGGGAAAGGGCUCCGGACGUGCGAGGGCCGCUCCAGUCACAGGCCAGACAUGAAGUGUGAGGGUAUUCCAUGGCUGAUGUCAGAGAAUAGCCGGCGAAGAAAGGAACUGUUUCUAAUUAAUCUCUUUGAAACAUGUUUUCGGUUUUCUUGCUCUUUUGGGUAGCAAUUACAACCCAAACCGAGCAUAUAACUAAACCUACACUGUUCUCAGGAAGACCUUUCCCCCACGCGCUCUCGCCGGGAGCGCCAUUGUAUUUCCCGUCCAUUUGGAAUUUUACGAUCAAGCAAUAUGAGAAGGGAACUUAUUGCUUGAUUUAUUUGUUUGCCAUCAAGGAAACUUAUGAAGUCCACUUAUUCACAAAGUAAGCCCAACAGUAAAGUGGUCUAGGGUAUGACUUUUUCCUCCAUAAAACAAAUGAAAACAUUGGGAAAGCAUGUUCCUCUGUAGGUCUAUAGUUUAUAAUACAUUAUAAACCUAUUUACAUAUUUGUUUAUUUCAAAAUUAGGGUAUUUACAGCUAGAAGGUGAAGCGGUUCAUCUAACCUAGGCCUAACUGACUUAAGUUUCAAAGGCCACUUGAUUUUACAGAAACUGUAAUCCAUGGUUCAGUUUUCUUUAAACAGCCACUACAAACUUCAGCUAACCUUAGCCACCACAAGCUAACAAUCAAUGGAAGUGAUGGGGGGAUGUGAGCAUGUCAUUUUCUUUUUAAAUGUCCAAAUCACCUGAAAUCAAUUCAAAUCAACUCCAUAUUUGGUUUGAUGUUACUUAAAGGUGAUUUGGCAAUAGAAAAACAUGCUCACAUGCCUUCAUCACUUCCAUUGAUUGUUAACUUGUGGUGGCUAAAGUUAGCUGAAGUUUGUAGUGGUUUAAAGAGAACUGAACCAUGGAUUACGGUUUCUCCUGGCCAUAGACUACUUUCAGGGUGAGGAAACAUCUAACAUCAAGUUGUAAAAUAGUGAACUACUCCUUUAAGGCCAUUUCAACACCCUGUUUUGAGUUCAGAGACUUCAACACAAAAACAAUUUCAAAUAAUUUUAAUGGAUCAGAAAUAUUUGUUAUGUUUUAGGUUACAAUUUAAUGUAAAUUAAAGAGAAAUAGAGGCCCAGUAAAAACAUCAGCAUCAAGCAUUUAGAUUUCUCCCCAUCUAGUCUAGGCUAUUUACAGGCUAAUAUAGACCUACUACUUUUAACAACAGAAGAUAGUACAAUAUUAAUUUUAACAACAAAAAUAUUAUGAUAUGAAUCACAUUUAACAAACAUAGGCCUAUGAUAAUUCCUCUGACUAUGUAACAUGCAUUGUAAGAGAGCGAGGGCAGAGCGGAAGGUCCUAUGGCCUAACAUGGGGAUGCGCAUAUUUCUCUUCUCAUUUGAAAAUGCUUUCCAUUUAGUUAAACUAGAUAUCCACUGAUUCUUUUUGUCGAUCUUAAUUUAUUUGAAGCUGACCAAUUAGUCUACAUGUUUUUAUGGAGAAAUGGCAAGGACCACGUUGUUUGCGUGUUGAAUUGUCUUUUGGCAGGCCAAUAUCAAGUUACAUAAUAUUCUGAAGUUGUGCUGUGAAGUUGUUAAGUUGUAUUUUCAAAUCAAAUCAAAUCAAAUCAAAUUUUAUUGGCCACAUGCGCCGAAUACAACAGGUGUAGACAUUACAGUGAAAUGCUUACUUACAGCCCUUAACCAACAAUGCAUUAAUUUUUUCAUAAAAAGUAAAAUAAAACAACAACAAAAAAGUGUUGAGAAAAAAAGAGCAGAAGUAAAAUAAAAUAACAGUAGGGAGGCUAUAUAUACAGGGGGGUACCGGUGCAGAGUCAAUGUGUAGGGGCACCGGCUAGUUGAGGUAGUUGAGGUAAUAUGUACAUGUGGGUAGAGUUAACGUGACUAUGCAUAAAUAAUUAACAGAGCAGCAGCAGCGUAAAAAGAUGGGGUGGGGGUGGGGGGGGGCAGUGCAAAUAGUCCAGGUAGCCAUGAUUAGCUGUUCAGUUCGGUUUGCUCUUCUGUUAAUAAUGUACACUAACUUUACAGUUAAACCAUAAAUCAGAUUUACCUAAACAAUAUAUGAUCAACGUUGUUUUAAUCAGAUUUACAUUGUUAAUCACCCCAUAAAUAGAAUCAGUCCCUGUUUAAAUGCAGUAGGCCUAGAGUUUACACAACUAGCUGCAUCUAUUUCAUGGCUCUGCUAAUAAUAAGCCUAUAAAUUCAUACGAGGAAGGAAGUAAGAAAACAGCCCUCUUUUCUCAUUAUGAGGGCAAAGAUGUAUGACGUUGAAAUAAAAAUAAAAUGCAGCUUUUGAAGUGUAAAACGAGGAAUUAACUUGAAAAUGUCUCUGUGUAUGCAGUCCUACUUUUAAUAUGGCGUCUGUUUGCAUUUUAAACUUAUUUUCCUGGUUUGGUUUGCGUCGAAUUACUAAAAAAACUUCUCAUGAUUGGGUGCACAUUUUCAAGGAAGAGUGAGUUUGUUGCCAGCUCGUGCAUUAAGACAGUUUCAAUCUUCUUUGAUGAUAAAAUGACCUAUUUUCUUUCAUCUGAAUAAUAUUUAUUUAAUGAAGACAUGCAAUGUUGAUAGACAUUUUAAUGAAUUAUCAUAAAAUUGUGCAUCUAGGCGCUGUUAUGAUGGGAUGAAGGGUGAAAAUGACCUCAUAUGACUGGCGAGACAUUGGUCAAACUUCAAACCUUGUCCCUCUCUUGGAUGUUGUGAAUUUUCCCAGUGAUUUGCCCAGUGGUGCACUAGAAUGUAUUUCGAGUGACACGAGUGGAAUUUUACUUAAUGUCUGCAUGGUGCAGGGUUUCUUUUUCCUUUUUUAAUGCUGAUACUCAUAAUCCAAUGUUAAACUUUGCAAGCUAGUUUUCUAAUAUCACUCUCUCUCUCUCUCUCUCUCUCUCUCUCUGUCCUCCUCUCUAAGGCGGAUGUUCCCUGCGAUGAGAGUAAAGAUUGUGGGUCUGGACCCCCAUCAGCAGUAUUACAUAGCCAUGGACAUUAUUCCUGUGGACAAUAAGAGAUACAGGUAUGCUCCUAUCUUCUUAAGGUAUGCUCACACUUCUUAGCCCAUCCUAACAUUUCCUAACAUCCCCCUUCAGAUGGAUGUGUACAAUGAUGAAUGCAAGGGUGACGUACAGUGCCUUGCAAAAGUAUUCAUCCCCCUUGGCGGUUUUCCUAUUUUGUUGCAUUACAACCUGUAAUUUAAAUGGAUUUUUAUUUGGAUUUCAUGUAAUGGACAUACACAAAAUAGUCCAAAUUGGUGAAGUGAAAUGAAAAAAAUAACUUGUUUCAAAAAAUUCAAAACAAUAAAUUAUGGAAAAGUGGUGCGUGCAUAUGUAUUCACCCCCUUUGCUAUGAAGCCCCUAAAUAAGAUCUGGUCCAACCAAUUACUGUAAGAAGUCAUAUAAUUAGUUAAAUAAAGUCCACCUGUGUGCAAUCUAAAUGUCACAUGAUCUGUCACAUGAUCUCAGUAUAUAUAUAAAAAAUAUCCAAAACUUUGAACAUCCCACGGAGCACCAUUAAAUCCAUUAUAAAAAAAUGGAAAGAAUAUGGCACCACAACAAACCUGCCAAGAGAGGGCCGCCCACCAAAACUCACCGGCCAGGCAAGGGCAUUAAUCAGAGAGGCAACAAAGAGACCAAAGAUAACCCUGAAGGAGCUGCAAAGCUCCACAGCGGAGAUUGGAGUAUCUGUCCAAUGGACCACUUUAAGUUAUACACUCCACAGAGCUGGGCUUUACGGAAGAGUGACCAGAAAAAGCCAUUGCUUAAAGAAAAAAAUAAGCAAACACGUUUGGUGUUCACCAAAAGGCAUGUGGGAGACUCCCCAAACAUAUGGAAGAAGGUACUCUGGUCAGAUGAGACUAAAAUUGAGCUUUUUGGCCAUCAAGGAAAACGCUAUGUCUGGCGCAAACCCAACACCUCUCAUCACCCCGAGAACACCAUCCCCACAGUGAAGCAUGGUGGUGGCAGCAUCAUGUUGUGGGGAUGUUUUUCAUCGGCAGGGACUGGGAAACUGGUCAGAAUUGAAGGAAUGACGGAUGGCGCUAAAUACAGGGAAAUUCUUGAGGGAAACCUGUUUCAGUCUUCCAGAGAUUUGAGACUGGGACGGAGGUUCACCUUCCAGCAGGACAAUGACCCUAAACAUACUGCUAAAGCAACACUUGAGUGAUUUAAGGGGAAACAUUUAAAUGUAUUGGAAUGGCCUAAUCAAAGCCCAGACCUCAAUCCAAUUGAGAAUCUGUGGUAUGAAUUAAAGAUUGCUCUACACCAGCGGAACCCAUCCAACUUGAAGGAGCUGGAGCAGUUUUGCCUUGAAGAAUGGGCAAAAAUCCCAGUGGCUAGAUAUGCCAAGCUUAUAGAGACAUACCCCAAGAGACUUGCAGCAGUAAUUGCUGCAAAAGGUGGCUCUACAAAGUAUUAACUUUGGGGGGGGGGUGAAUAGUUAUGCACGCUCAAGUUUUCUGUUUUUUUGUCUUAUUUCUUGUUUGUUUCACAAUAAGAAAUAUUUUGCAUCUUCAAAGUGGUAGGCAUGUUGUGUAAAUCAAAUGAUACAACCCCCCCAAAAAAUCCAUUUUAAUUCCAGGUUGUAAAGCAACAAAAUUUGAAAAAUGCCAAGGGGGGUGAAUACUUUCGCAAGCCACUGUACACAUACAGUGCCUUCAGAAUGUAUUCAUACACCUUGACUUAUUCCACAUUUAGAUGUUUUACAUCCUGAAUUCAAAAUGGAUCAAAUAAAAAAGAAAAGUUGCACCCAUCUACACACAAUACCCUAUAAUGACAAUGUGAAAACAUGUUUUUAGAAAUUGUAACUCAUUUAUUGAAAAUGAAAUACAGAAAUAUCUCAUUUACAUAAGUAUUCACACGCCUGAGUCAAUACUUUGUAGAAGCACCUUUGGCAGCGAUUACAGCUGUGCGUCUUUCUGGGUAAAUCUCUAAGAGCUUUCCACACCUGGAUUUUGCAACAUUUUCCCAUUAUUCUUUUCAAAAUUCUUCAAGCUCUGUCAAAUUAGUUGUUGAUCAUUUCUAGACAAGUAUUUUCAGGUUGUGCCAUAGAUUUUCAAAUAGAUUUACAGUACAAGUCAAAAGUUUGGACACACCUACUCAUUCCUGGGUUUUUCUUUAUUUGUACUGUUUUCUACAUUGUAGAAUAAUAGUGAAGACAUCAAAACUAUUAAAUAACAAAUAUGGAAUCAUGUAGUAACCAAAAAAGUGUUAAACAAAUCAAAAUAUAUUUUAGAUUUUAGAUUCUUAAAAGUAGCCACCCUUUGCCUUGAUUACAGCUUUGCACACUCUUAGCAUUCUCUCAACCAGCUUCAUGAGGAAUGCUUUUCCAACAGUCUUGAAGGAGUUCCCACAUAUGCUGAGCACUUGUUGGCUGCUUUUCCUUCCCUCUGCGGUCCAACUCAUCCCAAACCAUCUCAAUUUGGUUGAGGUCGGGUGAUUGUGGAGGCCGACCUCAUGCGGAGAUCAUCCGUUCACCUACUCUGCGUCUCACAAAGACACGGCGGUUGGAACCAAAAAUCUCAAAUUUGGACUCAUCAGACCAAAGGACAGAUUUCCACCGGUCUAAUGUCCAUUGCUCAUGUUUCUUGGCCCAAGCAAGUCUCUUCUUCUUAUUAGUGUCCUUUAGUAGUGGUUUCUUUGCAGCAAUUCGACCAUGAAGGCCUGAUUCACGCUGUCUCCUCUGAACAGUUGAUGUUGAGAUGUGUCUGUUACUUGAACUCUGUGAAGGAUUUAUUUGGGCUGCAAUCUGAGAUGCAUUUAAUGCUAAUGAACUUAUCCUCUGCAGAAGAGAGAACUCUGAGUCUUCCUUUCCUGUGGCGGUCCUCAUGAGAGCCAGUUUCAUCAUAGCGCUUAAUGGUUUUUGCGACUGCACUUGAAGAAACUUUCAAAGUUCUUGACAUUUUCCGGAUUGACUGACCUUCAUGUCUUAAAGUAAUGAUGGACUGUCAUUUCUCUUUGCUUAUUUGAGCUGUUCUUGCCAUGAUAUGGACUUGGUCUUUUACCAAAUAGGGCUGUCUUGUCACCCCUACCUUGUCACAACCCCUGAUUGGCUCAAACGCAUUAGGAAGGAAAGAAAUUCCAAAAAUUAACUUUUUACAAUGCACACCUGUUAAUUGAAAUGCAUUCCAGGUGACUACCUCAUGAAGCUGGUUGAGAGUGUGCAAAGCUGUCAUCAAGGCAAAUUAUGGCCACUUUGAAGAAUCUCCUAUAUAAAAUAGAUUUAUUGGUUAUUACAUGAUUACAUAUGUGCUAUUUCAUAGUUUUGAUGUCUUCACUAUUAUUCUACAAUAUAGAAAAUAGUAAAAAUAAAGAAAAACCCUGGAAUGAGUAGGUGUGUUCAAAUUUUCUAACUGGUACUGUAAGUCAAAACUGUAACUUGGCCACUCAGGAACGUUCACUGUCUUCUUGGUAAGCAAUUCCAGUGUAGAUUUGUUUUAGGGAAUUGUCCUGCUGAAAGGUGAAUUCAUCUCCCAGUGUCUGGUGGAAAGUAGACUGAACCAGGUUUUCCUUUAGGACUUUUUCUGUGCUUAGCUCAAUUCCGUUUCUUUUUAAUUCUGAAAAAAUUCCCCAGUCCUUAAUGAUUACAAGCAUUCCCAUAACAUGAUACUUUGUAUUCAGGACAAAAAGUUAAUUGCUUUGCCACAUUUUCUGCAGUUUUACUUUAGUGCCUUGUUGCAUGCAAACAGGAUGCAUGUUUUGGAAUAUUUAUAUUCUGUACAGGCUUCCUUCUUUUCACUCUGUCAAUUAGGUUAGUUAGUAUUGUGGAGUAACUACAAUGUUGUUGAUCCAUCCUCAGUUUUCUCCUAUCACAGCCAUUAAACUCUGUAACUGUUUUAAAGUCACCUGUGGCCUCAUGGUGAAAUCGCUGAGCGGUUUCCUUCCUCUCCGGCAACUGAGUUUGGAAGGACGCCUGUAUCUUUGUAGUGACUGAGUGUAUUGAUAUACCAUCCAAAGUGUAAUUAAUAACUUCACCAUGCUCAAAGGGAUAUUCAAUGUCUGCUUUAUUUUAUUUUACCCAUAUACCAACAGGUGCCCUUCUUUGCGAGGCAUUGGAAAACCAUUGGACAUUUUUACUCCUGAUCUUAUUUAGACUUGCCAUAACAAAGGGGUUGAAUACGUAUUGACCUAAGACAUUUCAGCUUUUCAUUGUUAUUUAAUUUAUAAACAUUUCCCAAAAGAUUAUUCCACUUUGACAUGAUUGGGUAUUGUGUGUAGGCCAGUGACAAAACAUCUAUGUUUAAUCAAUUUAAAAUUCAGGCUGUAACACAACAAAAUGUGGAAAAUGUAAAGGGGUGUGAAUACUUUCUGAAGGCAUUGUACAUUAUAUACAACACAUGUUAUUUGGAACAUGACACUCUCUGUGUCUGAGAUUGAUGUUAUAAUUCAGUCAAACCAAAAUAGUCUCUACCCCCAACUUGGACGAUAUAGCCUACUAUUGAUCAACUGUUGUUGUGUAUUUUAUGAUGGAGAGUAGUUGACCAAGAACAAAAACAAAACAUGCACAGAUCUUUGCACAUUUCACAUGGUGAUAAGAAAUGCAGAUAUGCACAUAAAUCUGAAUGGAACUUAAAACAAUGGCUUUUACUGUAUGUCCAUCUUGGGGAUAGAUGGAUAUCUCCAGUCAAAGUAUUUGAAUGAAUUUCUGGCAUAGAGCACAAUGUCUGGUGUUCCAGAGAAGGACACCAGAGGAGAAUGAAAAGUAUUUAUCAUGAUGUGUUUAUGGUUCGAGUGAGACCAUAAUGUUGAUAGCUUUAUUCAGUGUGUAAAUGGCAAAACAUAUUUUUACUGUAAACCACUUUGACCAUGGUGGAAUACUAGUUUUAUGUACGUAAGUUAUUGAAAAAAGGCUUUACUAUCUCAGCUACCUCAGAACGCAGUUUAAUGUGUCAUACAUUGGUAAUGUGUCAGAGCAACAGACAAAACGGCAGUGUCAUAGUUGCAUUAAUGUUAUAGCAGCGCUACAGAUGGGUUUCCAUGCCUUUGUUUUCUUUUAUCUCAAAUUGAACACAGAGUACAUCUUCAGUUUAUAUAUCAAUAACAUGCAUUAAUGUUAUUAUUGUUACAGACAUCUUUACUAUGUUUAUCCGUUUUAUUUGAGAAACAGAACUUGGCUGUCUUGAAUGGAACACUGAGGAACCACUUUAACAAUGCAUUUUCAGUAGUUAAACAUUAUGUAUUAUUUUCCCAAGUUGUUUAUUUACAUUUUUCAUCGAAGCACAGUAGAACCCUGGCUCUCUCACUGACUGAAGCAUUUGCCUAAGAGGGAACGGUCUAGAGAAUCCAAAUAUCAUGGAAGAUUUUUAGAAGCCAAAAGAUCUUGUAAAUUUAAAUAGGAUUUUCAUUCUGGCUCGGGACUUUACCACAGGGCUUUGUAAACUGAGCUCUGAGCUGUCACUGGAAUGUAUCAUAGUUCUCAUAGAGUUGGGGUCUGGAAAUACAGUCUUUACUUGCUUUACUUAGGCUCUCUGCCUCUCUUUAGGAAUGUCUCGUUUAUUCUGGACUCGUUAAAUCUCUAUAUAUUAAGUCUCUUUUAUGUGGACAGUUGGGAAGUUUUAAGUUUGAAUCAAAAACAACAGCAAUGUCUACCUCUUAAAAUGGACUGUCCACUAUAUGUGAGCACAUACACACACAUGCGCACACACACACACACACACACACACACACACACACACACACACACACACACACACACACACAAGAAAACACGUUUACAUAUGAGGACUUGACUUGAUGAUGCAAACUCGGACACACACCAGUCAACCUUGUAGGGUAAUGUAACAGUGAUACUUACUCUGUCAGUAAGGUAACCCAAUAUACAGCCUGGGUUUGGCAAGUGUGUGUGAGUCUUUUAAUGUAUGUGUCAGUCUGAAUUUCUGUGUGUCCAUAAAAGUAUAGAUCUGUUUCAUGCGUUGCAUGCAUACAUAUGUUGCGUCGGUGGUCUGUCUGUGUGUGUGUGUCUGUGUGUGUGUGUGUAUAGGAAGUAUGGUGUUGGAUGAGGAGGCUUGCCCCCCCCCCCCCCCCCCAUCUGUCCAAAGGGUGUCACAUAAAGUCUGAUCUUUAUUGAUUGUGCUGGAGCCAGAUGGCAGAUUUAUGGAAGAUGAAAGGGGACUAAUCAAAUUUCCAGUCCUGUUUGGGGCUAAGGUUUCUCUCUUCCUUAACACUUUCCCUGCUACACAGAGCUUAACCCUAAACAGCACUCCAAACAGGAAAUUACACAAACGCCUGGCAUUCUGUGUGUGUGUUUGGUCUGGGGUCGGGUCUGUGUGUGUGUGUGUGUGUGUGUGUGUGGAGAGAGAGAGAGAGAGAGAGAGAGAGAGACGAGAGGGUUGUGUUGCUAGUCAAUAACAAAGUGGCCAAAUGACAGUUUUGUCCAUGUUUUACCACUGAAUGAUGACUUUGGCAGAGGCGUUGCAAGUAAGCACUUUCAACUGUCCGCAUGGCCAGAACUAAAGGCAAACAGCUGUGGCUGGGGCUACAGUGGACUGGAAUCCCCCUCGUGCUUCAGUCAGUCAGUCAGUCAGUCAGUGAGGGGAAUGCACUAUGCUGGGCGGGGCAGCCAUAUUGUACCGUAACUCACAAUACAACAUCAAAUGUUAUGACUAAGCUUAAUUGGUAAUAUGUCAUUAAAAGCAUAUGUAGUGUGUGUGGGGAUAUUUGAUGUCUCUAUUGUGAACACGCUCUGCAUCUGAAACACAUGACACAUGAUGUCCAAGACUUCAAUGCUUCCCAAUAACAUGCAAAACCUGUGGAAAAAAACAGAGAAAGAAAUGUGAAAUAAGGUUUGGUGCUGAUACGUCUGUCACUGUGUGUCUGUCCUCCAGAUAUGUGUACCACAGCUCCAAGUGGAUGGUGGCGGGGAACGCGGACUCCCCUGUGCCCCCGCGGGUCUACAUCCACCCAGACUCUCUGGCCUCUGGAGACACCUGGAUGAGGCAGGUGGUCAGCUUCGACAAACUCAAACUCACCAACAACGAGCUGGACGACCAGGGCCAUGUGAGUGAGCCGGUGAGCCGGCUUAACUUGACAUACCAUACUCUUGCCUCCCUCCUACACCUGUACACUUUAACACUUUAACACUUCUACACUAAUAUAAAGAUAUAUUAGUAAUUGUACUGUUUCAGUAUUUCUCAAAGUGCUUUACAUUAUAAUAGUGGAAUUUACUUCACCCCACCCAUGUAUAGAUAAGACUAUUCUUAGAGAAGAAGAGAGACUGUUUUUGCUACUUCGGCCUUUAUCGACUGAUACUGAAACAGUCGAUCGGUCGUGAUGUAGUUAUGGCACAUGAUGGAUCUCCUCAUGACAUGAACUCAGUGCUGUUACAGGCCAGAUUGCUUUGAUUACCAGGUUGUUGAAACAUUCAGAAGAGCCAGUGCAAAUCCAUUUCUCCAUUGAGGUCCUGAUUUAGGGAUGCCAGGUAAUGUCAUCACUCAAGACGGACCCAACCUCCCCAUGACGGAGGGAUACAUAAUUUAGAAUCUGCUCUCAAAAUGGCUGCCUGUGGGGCGCUGUUGGGCUGGCACACCCUGGUCCUCAUAUGAGCCUGUUUUCCACCCGGCCAGCGGAUUCUAUCGCAGGUCCGUUCUUGUGACAAAUGUAAUAACAGAUGCAGCAGUGGGCGCGUAUUUUGAGGGGAGUCAGGCAAGGCCCCUUUUUCCUCUCCCACAGACUCAUUAUAAGGCCUUUGUUCCCCUGGAGGCCUCGAGGCGAGAGGAAAUUAACUUUGUAACUUCCUGUGUGGGAAACCUCACCGCAGAUAGGCGGGUAUCUGUCCCAUCUCUCUUCUCUUCUUCCUCUGACUACUACCAAACCUCUCCAUCAACAGUGGUGGCUAUUGGUUAUUAAUCAUCUGUUUCAUGUCUCGUUGUGCUGCUGAUUGGCUUUUACUUGUGAUUCAUAAAUUAGAUAUACAUAUGUCACUGAAUUCACUGCAUUGUUACAGUAGGCCUAUUGCCUUAAUGCCAUUACUACAUGUAUUGUUUUGACAAGAGAUCCGUCAGAUAAGACCCUUGGCUGCUCUGUGUUGUUGUGAGCUCAGUGUGUGUACGUGUGACGGGGGCGGGGCUGACCUGACUCAGGCACAGGCAGGACUCAGAAUCCCGGCCCUAACUGCGGGGUCCCGUGGGCCGAGCAGGGGGGCAAGGUGAAGAUGAUGGGGUGGGGGGGCCUUGCUAGAAUAUGACAUUUACUGUCACUGUUAUUCGGUACUGUUUCCCCAAUCUCUGUUUGAAAUGACCCCCUUAGUUGUCUGUGGCUCCAGGGAGGCUUUCUCACUCGGCUGUAAUCAAGAGCAGACAGAGAGCCGGAGGAAAGGCUGAGCCGCCUGCUGUCUGGUGUUAAAUACUUACCUUACCACCCUCUCUCAUUAGAAGUGUGGACUCAUGUUCCUCUUAAUUAUAUAGCCCUGAUAUGAAUUCAGACUUGUGUAGACACACACACACACACACACACACACACACACACACACACACACACACACACACACACACACACACACACACACACACACACACACAGAGAGAGAAUAUAACCAUUACGAUCUCUCUGUGGUUUCAGAUCAUCCUCCACUCCAUGCAUAAGUACCAGCCUCGUGUCCAUGUAAUCAGGAAGGACUUCAGCAGUGACCUGUCCCCCACCAAGCCUAUUCCCAGCGGAGAGGGAGUGAAGACCUUCAGCUUCCCUGAGACUGUCUUCACCACCGUCACCGCCUACCAGAACCAACAGGUCUGAGACCAGACACCUUUCUCAAUGGGUCUAUCUGCACCAGGCUUAGGGUCAAUACAUUUUCAAUUCUGGAAGUGAACAUAAAUUCAGUAUGAAUGAAAAAUGACCAAUUAUUAUUAUUAUUAACUCAAAUUCAGAUUUUCAUGAAAUUCUUUAUUCAUUCAUACAUCCCUUCAGUCCCUCUUCGAUAAAAAAAUUAUAUAAAAAAUAUAUUGACCCGUUUCUUCCCUCUCCAACAUGUGCAUUAGUCAUCGGUAUGUCAUGUGUUUUGAUUGUAAUGUUUUUCUUUCAUGCAGAUAACAAGACUAAAGAUCGACCGCAACCCAUUUGCUAAAGGAUUUCGGGAUUCAGGCAGAAACAGGUAUAUAUUUCUCCAGUAACACGAGGUCCAUGUAAUACAACAUGAUUCAGCGUUUGCCAUGCUGUGCGGCGCAAAUCAUUAUUUUUCUCCAACGUGGCCUUUAAUAUGGAAAUAAUCCCCUGGAGAUACCUCCUAAUCCCAUAUGCUGCUCCAUAUAAAAUCAGUCACUCUCUCCCCUGCCAAGAAAACCCCAUUACAUCUGAGAUAGAACCACAUGUUUUGGGUAGGGCUCUCUCUCUUUCCCUCCUUUUCUCUGUCUGUCUGUGUGUCUGUCUGCCUCUCUCUCUGUGUGUCUCUCUCUCUCUGUGUCUCUCUUUCUCUCUCUGUCUGUCUGUCUGUCUGUGUGUCUGAAUUAUCAUAUAUAGCGGGGGAAACACUGAACCAGACCCUCAGCACAUGAAAGCUCCAAUCCCAUCUGGAGCGCAUUAUUGGCACAGAUAUUUGAGACAUAUUUUUUCAUUUUUCAAACAAUAGAGUGCCGGAUUUAUGAACUAGCAUUAGAAUUUCAUUGCUGAAAAGUACAGAUUAAAAGAUUAUGCAGGAAUAAGAUAUUUAUAGACAGAAAAUGUAUUUAUCCUUACACAUAUCCUAACUCUGCUCAUGGUAGUAAUUUACCUCAUCACUGUUAAACUGUGCAGAGUAAUGCCACAUUAUAGCGAUCUGAAAUCAAUCAAAACAGUGACAUAUUACACAAGCUAAAUUAACUACUGAGUUGGUUCUCCUCUUUUAAUUUAUAUGUUAAUACAGAUCUGUCUCAGGCAUUAAAUUAGGAUUAUGUCGUCAAUUGGAUUUUGCCUGGUGACACAUAACUUUAUGAGGUAAAACAGGGCAUAGCUUAUUUGUUGGGUUUUGGUCUUGAGUGCUAUGAAUGAGCGCACUGAUGGCCAGGGCCUGUGUGAUUAGCGUAGUGCGCUAACGAGCUGGAAUGGCCCGGGAGUUACUGGCCCUAAAAUAACAUGGUCGGGACAGGCCCUCGCUGGGAUAGGGCCCAGCGGGGCACACAGGAGUAAAUCACGCAGGAAGGAGAACCGUGUUCAAGAUGAAAUGUCACCCAGAUUUAUGAUCACAGUAAAAACCUGCUCCUUUUAAUGGCUUCAGUUUCCUCCGUCUGACUCCACUUCUCCUUCUCUCCCUCUCUCUUUCCAACCUCUCUCACUUAUACUCCCUCCUUUCUCUAUGUCCCUCUCUCGCUCUUUUGACUAUCUGUUUUCCCGUCACAACUCUUCCUUCCUCUUUCUCUUGCCCGCCCUUGUUAUGUUUUAUGUACGCAACCCAUCCCUCACACUGACCCUCUUUUUUUUUUCUUCCACUGUUUCAGUCUCUCGUUCUCUCUCUCACACAGGACUGGUCUGGAGGCGAUCAUGGAGACGUAUGCGUUCUGGAGACCACCUGUGAGGACACUCACGUUUGAGGACUUCACCAACAUGCAGAAACAGCAAGGUGUGUAAAACUGUAUCUAAACUAUGUCCUAAUCUCCCAUCUACACUCUCUCACUGUCACUGCAUACCUUUCCCUUACCUCACAACACAUCAAUUAUCUAUGUCCUUCAUCAGUCUGGUCAUCACUGGUCAUCACUUUUGGCAUGUCUGUCUGACUUGGAAUGUGCUGAACUUUUCACAUUCUGCAGGACCUUGAAAAUAAAAUAAUUAAAUGAACCCUGUGGCUUUUGGACUGCUUUGUGACGUGAGCGGUAUCAGUGAAAGCCGCAUGCGUCUCUCCCCAGCGAGUACAGCUCAGCACAGUGUCUUAGUCAUGGCUCGUAUCACAGGCCCCGAUGCUUAAAGCAAGCCGAUUUCCUCAGCACUCCUUUCUCCGAGGUCAUGAUGACGUUACGCCACUCAGUAUUUUGUCUGUGCUGACAUCUGUUUGUUAUCACAAACUCCUCCAAACCGAUUAGACGUUAAUUAAAGUCCUCGCGCCGCUGAUGAACUUUGGGCGCUCCGUAAGGACUGAGCACCCCCACCCCGCCAGCGGCACCAGACGCCCUUUCAGCGGGGUAAUCAACAGUUCCCCUCAGCAACGCUGAAGCUGCUCUAACCCCGACCAGAAAGGAAAACAUGACAUCACUGUGAUAUCCUCCUCUCCUGACCAACAGAAACUUGCAGAACUGAGCUGAGCUGAACAGAACAGCACAGCAGUAUUAUCGAAGGCAUAUGGUGCAGUCAGAAUCAGAACUCUGGCCAAGAGAGAAUCCUGAUCUAGUUAGUUAUGCAGUGUUUCUUCUUUUCUUUAGCUGGUUUCAAACUGAAUUUUAACAAAAUGAAUGCGGGCCAAAUUCUCAUUAAUAAAGAAAUAUGUGAUUCCAAAAGCUUGACUUAUUGCAUGUUAACCUGUGCCAAGAUUAGUUUUUUAUUUUUACGUUCAUACAUGUCUAAAUUAUGAAUGCAUGAUUCUGUGAGAAAAGGGGCAAGCUCGGAGCUCUGUUGACCAGACAUGUACUGUACCAAACUGAAGCCACAUUUAUGCUCAGAAACAAGUACUGUUAUUUAUGAGAGGGUUUAAGAUCCCAUAAAUAGUACUAUUUCAAAGAAGUAAUGCGGUCAUGCAAUUAGUCCUUAAAAUCAGAUGUUGAGCAAGUCGAGGUGGUGAAGUCAGCUGCAACUCACAAGUAAGUGUAAUAUCGAAUUCUUUAAUACAUGUGAAUUAAGUUGCUUAUGCGCCAGCCUUAAACAUCACUCACUUAUUUGACCGGUUAGGAUCAAACGGCAGCAGUCGCUGGAAGGAGACAUUUUGGCGGCGAAAGGUCCAAUGGCUGAAAUGAGAGAUACUCUCAGAGUGUGACUGUUGGCCAGUGUUUGUGUUGUUGUUUCACUCCGUAGCGCUGGCUCUGUCUCACUGUCUUUGCGUUGUGUGUGUGUGUCUCUGUGUGUUUUUCAGGAGGAAGCACGGGUACCUCUCCCACCACCUCCAGCACAGGAACCCCCUCCCCUUCUGGCGCAGCUCACCUCCUGUCCCCCUCCUGCUCACCGCCCACCUUCCACCUGGCCCCCAACACCUUCAACGUGGGCUGCAGGGAGAGCCAGCUCUGCAGCAUGGGCUUGUCUGAGUACCCGGCCUGCGCCCGCAGCAACAUGGCGGCCCUGCAGGGCUACGGGGGCCUGGCCGACAGCUCCUAUGGACGCCUCCAGGCAGCAGGGGGCACUGUGGCCUCCACCCAGCAGUCUGAAUCCUUCCUGCCCCAGAGGACUUCCUCCCUGAUUGCUGCGGGAAUGCAGGGGGGCGGCCAUGGCUCUCUGUCCGGAGGCAGCAGUGGAAGCGCUGGCGGGAAGAUGGAUGCCUAUGGAGGUCAGCUGAACUCGUUCCCAUCCUCCCAGCUGCAGUAUGUGAUGCAGGCAGGCGCUAGCUCCGCCUCUGGCUCCUCCUCUUCUGGCUCCUCCCCCUCAUCCGCCCACAUGUUCAGCGGGGGCCACCACCAUGUGCAACAGGGGUCCUACAACGCCUUCUCACUCCACAACCCCUACAACCUGUAUGGAUACAACUUCCCCACCUCCCCUCGUCUGGCCGCCAGCCCCGAGAAGCCCCAGGGCGGCCUCCUGUGUUCCUCUUCCCCUGCCGGGGCGUUUGCCGAGCGCCAGUACCUGUCCAACGGUGGCAUAGACAGCGUGCACAUGAUCGGAAAUCCCUCUGCUGGCCAGCAGGGGGCUAGCUCCUGUGAUGGCCGUCAGUAUGGCUCCUCCUCUCAGAUGUCCAUGCACAUAGUGUAA